UUGCGACGAGAAGCAAGAACCAAGUGUUAUUUUUCUGAGAAAAAUAGUGAUUUUUUUGGAGUUCGAUUUUUUCCAAUUUCCCGGUACAAUAAUCAAUAUCUAUCUCUAAAUUCAGUGUCAUUUCAGAGAUUAAGAGCUUUUGUACUGAUUUCAAUAGAAUUUAGUGAAGAUCCUUUGAAUAUAAAGUGAUUCAGAACAAGUUCGUGCGAAGCGUGUCAAAAAUGGCUGAAUUUCAGUCUCUGGAUGGAGAUCAGUUUCCAGAUGGAGAAAAUUCUAGUGAGAAGGCGUCAAAGCUUUUUGCGGAGGAGAAUUCUGGAGAACCCACGAAAAGUCUCAAAGGCUCUUUGACCCCAUUGAAAGCUUCUGUGGUUCACCACAAUGUUCAAGAGAGGCCAAAAGUCUUGACAAAGACUGCGCAAUCGGGAAGACUUCUGCCGCGUAUGUCUGAACAGAAUCUUCUGGAUAUUCUGAGAAUGAUUCCACCGGACGCAUUUCUCGAGAUCAUGAGCAACAAAGAGCGGUUCAAGGCGACUGUUUUCGAUGAGGGGAAAUCUAUAGAGAUGGUCGCUCUUCUCAUUUUGGUUCUGGGAAAGCUGCACAAAGUGGUGUUGAAGCACAAUCUGCAGAGCCUAAUGGAUCAGAUCUUCGCAUCGAAUACUGUCCUGCGAGAUGACAUACUGGAUUACGUGAAAUAUGUGGUUUAUUUGGAGCAGAAGGGACAACUCCAUACGAUUCCCGAAGCGGACAGAGUUUGGGAGAGUCUGGAGACAUUUUGUAGCUUCGGAAAGAGAAUUGAGAAGCGCGCUAACAUCUGGGCAGAAAUAACAGAUGCGCUGUGUGGAAUUCUGCAGGGAAAAAAGGAGGAAUCGCUUGUGAAGAAGCACUCUGUCUUCCUGCAGCUGAAAAACGCCAUGGAAGGGGGAUAUUUCUAUCCGGGCAGCAUUUACGCAUGCGUUGCGGAUCUCAAGGAAGAACCAAUGCCAAAAUUGCCGGAAUUUCAGGGUGGGAAAUGCAGUGAUGUCAAAGAAUAUCUGAACUUCCAAAUGGCCCAUACAAAGACACACUUCCUCACCAAACUGUACAACGGAUUGCAGGAAUUCCAGAAGCUAGACGAGGAGGAAAAGUCUCGAGUGGUGCUGAAGAAUAUCGGUGGAACAAAUAUCUUUCCUGCUGUGCGAAUUUACAGAAAAUUUCCAUUUUCUGUGCCAGUCAAUGAUAAGUAUCUACUUGUCGAUUUGGCGCCCCAAAGUCGCGUCAAUCGUCAACUGCCGAAAGAUGUUCAGAAGGAAAUCACUGACGAGGAGUUCAUGCUCGAGACCGAAUCAGUUUUGUUCCUCUCCACAUCAUCAGCAUUCGAGGACAUGAUCGUCGCCCGACUGACGUAUUUGCCGAUGGAAGUUCAAGCGCAAGAACAACAUCUUGAAUAG